AAGGCAUUAAAUUAAAAAAAAAGUUGCUUGUCCUUAACCAAUUUGUUAAACUGUCGCCUUGAUGAUAUUGUGACGUUACUGUAAGAAUAAACGCAUGUUUGGGGGUUUACUUCCUUGUUAAUGUGGUUUGCUUUAAGCUAAAGCUAAUUCGCUACUAGUUAGCUUGGGCCAACUCAAUCAAUGGUUAAGUUCUGUCGAAGGAAAUAAGAGCAACCGAAAUUAAACAAGGGUUCCGGUGUUGCUUAACGAUUCGAGUGCGAGCCAUCGAGAUGUCCUGUCAUUAUCUGCUGGUGUUGCUGCUGAGUGUGGGAGUCUCAGCGGUGGAGGUCCAACGUCCUCGCGGUGUCCCCAUAUCAAAACGGCAGUUCUACGAAGAGGGGAAACCUUUUACCUGCCUGGACGGCUCUCGCUCCAUUCCUUUUGACAGAGUGAACGAUGACUACUGCGACUGCCAGGACGGCUCCGAUGAGCCAGGCACUGCUGCGUGUCCCAACGGCAGCUUCCACUGCACCAAUGCAGGUUUUCGGGAAGCUUUCAUCCCCUCCUCCCGCAUCAACGACGGAAUCUGUGACUGCUGUGACACGACAGACGAAUACAACAGCGGCGCUACGUGUCAGAACACCUGCAGGGAGUUGGGUCGCAAAGAGCAAGAGAGCUUGCGGGAGAUGGCCGAAAUUGCAAAGGAGGGCUUCAUGCUUAAACAGCAACUUAUCCAGGAGGCCAAAAGAAGUUUGGAGGAGAAGAAGGCUAAGGUUUUAGAGAUACAGAACAAUAAGAAGGAUCUGGAAACGAAGGUGGAGGCUCUGAGAACUGUAAAAGAGACCGCAGAGCAGCCAGAGAAAGAAGCUAAAGAGCGCCAUCUGAAGGCUUGGGAAGAUCAAAAAGCUGUCAUUCGCAUGGAGAAGGACAAGGCUAGAAUGGCUGAGGUGUUUCUCGAACUGGACGAUGAUGCAGAUGGCUUCGUCUCCGUGGCUGAGCUCCUGACCCACGCCGAGCUUGACACAGAUUCAGAUGGUUCAUUCACAGAAGAAGAGGCUAAGGGGCUGCUGGGAGGAGUGGAGAAGGUGGACACGUUGGCAUUUGAGUCUCUUUGGGAUAACAUCAAAGAAAAGUAUUUGUCAGAGUCCAGCGCAGACACCCAAGCGCCAGUGGAAACUCCUCAGGAGGAAAUGAGGGAGCCGGCGUCUGACCAUGACUCUGACCAGUACCCAGAAGAUGACAUCCCAGAAGAAGAAGAGGAGGAGGAGGAGGAUGAAGACGAUGACGAUGCAGAUGAUGGGGACUAUAAGGCCCCUCCUGCAUCACGGACUCAAGAUAAGAAGGAUGACGACGACGAUGAGGGGAUGAUGCCACCCUAUGACCAAGAGACUCAAAACCUCAUUGAUGCCGCUCAGAAAGCCAGGGAUGAGUUCGACGCGGCCGAGAAAGCUCUCCGGGAAGUGGAUGAUCAAAUCAGGAACCUUGAAAAGGAAAUCUCCUUUGACUUUGGACCAAGUGCUGAGUUUGCCUACCUCUACAGCCAGUGUUACGAGCUGUCAACUAGCGAAUACAUCUACAGACUCUGUCCAUUCAAUAGAGUAUCACAGAAACCCAAGUUUGGCGGCUCUGAGACCAACUUAGGAGUAUGGGGGAAAUGGGCAGGUCCUGAGGAUAACAUCUAUUCUGUGAUGAAGUAUGAACAUGGAACAGGGUGCUGGCAAGGCCCGAACAGAUCCACCACGGUUAAGUUAACAUGUGGAAAGGAGACAGUUGUGACAUCUACCUCAGAGCCAAGUCGCUGUGAGUAUCUGAUGGAGUUCAUUAGUCCUGCUGUCUGCCAGGAGCCACCGAGCCUGGAUUCAACAAUACGCGACGAACUUUAAAUCCUCUUCAUUUGUUGCUCCCGAAGGGACCACACGCUGCAGCAUGUGAAGCCAUGCCGCCAACAGCAUCACCUUGGUGUCGGCUAACAACAGAGAAUAAAUUAUGGAAGUUCAUUGUAGUAUCCUCUACGUGUCCUGCUACCUGUUGAUUUUCAUGUUUUGUGUCAAGUACGGUGUCAUUCCACUGAUUUUGAAUAAAGUUUUACUUAUCAUA